AUAACAGUGGUGGCUUUGGUGGCUAUGAUAAUUUUGGUAUCGGAUUCAAUGACAGUUUUGGUGGUGGAUUAGGCGGCGGGUUUGGGGGAUUCGGUGGUUAUGGUGGUGGCGGGUUCGGCAAUAGUGGAAGUGUGUAUGGCUAUGAUAAUUUUGGUAUCGGUUUCAAUGAUCGAUUUGGUGGAGGGUUUGGAGGUGGACUUGGAGGCGGAUUUUGGUAA